AUUGCCAUUGAGUUCAGGUACGGUGACAGCAGAAGUUAUUGUUUCUGGUAAAAGAAAAGAAGCCGUCGUUGCUUGUGCUUUAGAAGCAUGUCAACUUUUGGAUCGUUUAGGUGAAUUUGAUCCAGAUAAAGAUCGUUCUACUGCUUCUAACUAUACUCGAUCACGAGCUUAUUGGGAAGAUCGUGAUUAUUAUUCAUCUGAUGAAGAUACAUUUGUUGAUCGAACUGGUGCUGUGGAAAAAAAACGUUUAAAUCGUAUGCGUCAAUUAGGAGUACAAGAUACUACUACUAAUGAUCAUCAGAUUAAAACACCAGACGAACUAUUGAACAAUAAUAAUAAUGUUAAAAUUCAUCACAAAAAUGAAAAACGAUUCUCUCAAAAUGCAACUAUGAUUACUGUG